AUGAGAGCAACAUCAAUAUUGUUGAUACUUCUGAUUAGCAGUGUUCUUGGCACCAGAUCAAUUUAUGAAAUAUCAUAAAAUGAAUAUGGAAAAACAGUGCUAUAAGCAAUUUAAUUAACUCUAAAUGAAGAACCAGCCUCAUUUGGAAAGACAAUAGAUUUACUGUAAGAAUUGAAAAAGGGAAUUCAAAAUGAUUAAGAUGAAGAUUCUGGACUUUUGACUGAUAGAUUGGAAACUUGUGAAACACACAUUUCCCAAAACUCACAAACCAUUUCAGAUUCAUAAACUAAAUUGGCUUAAGCUUAAGAAUAGGUGAGUCCACUCGAAUAAAAGUUGCUUGAUAAAAGACAUUAAGCAGAGGAUAAGGAAGGUGAGGAAUAGAGAAACAAUGACAGAAUUAAUAAGUUGAUUUUAUCAAGAUAGGAAUCUAGAUAGGAAUUUGAGAGUAAAAGAGAUGAAUUAACAUCAAUUGUUGGAGCAUUAAGUGAAGCCAAAAAGAUUAUAUCUUCCAUCAAGACAGACCCAACUGCUUUAAUUUAAUUGAAAAACCAUAAAGAAAAUAUAUUAAAUUAAAUUUAAAAGUCCUCAAUGUUCUACACCUUGAUUCAUUCAACCCUAUCCUUAAUACAACAAGGUACAAGUUAAGAGAAGGUCAUUAAGAUUAUUGAUGAUUUAAUCGAUGAAGUUUAUUAGGUUUAGAAAUUAGAAAUGAUUGCUGAUGAUCAAAGAGAAGCAGACUUUAUUAAGACUAAAAUUCGUUUUGAAUUUGCAAAUACUAGAUUGAGCACUAAAAUUGCUGAAUUAAGAGCUGAUGUGCAAUAAUUAUAGUAAUAAUUGCUAGAAUUAAAUAACAACAUUUCAAUUUAUUAGGAUUUAGUAAGUCUUAAAACUAAAGAAAAUGCAGAUUGGCAAUAAUCUUGCAAUGAUGCACAAAAUAGUCAUAAUGGAUUGACAGAUUAUAGAAAUUAAUAAAUUGCUAUUAUCGAUGAGUGCAUUUCAUUGUUACAAGGACAUGACCCAGAAGUAACAUCAUUUAUCUAGAGAUUUGUUUGA